CAGGUACCUGUCAAUUACACUCGAAUCCUUAUGCCUGUUAAUCUUAAUUAGUCUUCCUUUUAGCAGACGUCUUUCAUCUUCCGCUUAAUUGUUGCUCAGUUUCUUCAUCUCCACGCUGACGGCCUCCAUCUAGCAGGGGAGUGCGACGAUCCCCAAGCUUUACGCGAGCUCCAGAUAGAAUCAUGUCCUAUCCAAUCCUUCCCACGCCUGCUACACCUGCCACGCCGCAGAGACCUUUACCAGGGACUUAUCAGCAGACGCCAGCUCCUCCAGCUGCUGCUCAAGAUGGGCCAUUCUUCAGCCCGAGGGCAACCCUGGGGACUGGCGAGCAACCAGCUUCCCCAGCUCCUCUUCCCAAGCUUCCCCCAGCUGCUUCGAAGGACAAGAUUCAGACUUUGAGCACAGAACAGCGCGCCGCUCGGACGAUCAAUGAUACGCUAAUCCAGGAAUCGCGGUAUCCUGACCUCGAUAACUAUUUGUCCCAAGGUUUUUCUUCAGAUUACGACAUUCCGGCCUCGCCAUCAUGGGCGCCUUUCCAGAAAGUAAAGAUGUACAAUAUCCCCGAUCCCAUCUUCGACCAGUAUAACCGGGCUCAAGUUUCGACGGUCAUGGGCCUGUUUGCUGAGUUGCAGCAUGCGUGGGUAGCCAUUGACAACGCCCUGUAUCUCUGGGACUAUACAAACCCGAACCCUCAGUUGGUUGGAUUUGAGGAACAGCCUAACAGCAUCAAUGCAGUGAAACUUGCCAAACCUCGUGCGGGAGUGUUCCUUCCCGCGGUCACGCAUUUGCUCGUCGUAUCAACAACGGCGGAGGUCCUAUUAUUAGGGAUGGGCUUUCAGAAAACAGCUUCAGGUGGAUCCAAAGUCACAUUGUAUCAGACGGGGAUGGCGACACUGAUUCGGGGUUUGGAUAUUCACGUUUUUGCUUCCUCUGACUCUACUGGCCGUCUCUUCUUCGGUGGCAGUUCUGACAAUGAUGUUUACGAGCUCGUUUAUCACCAGGAAGAGAGAUGGUUUAAGGGCAGGUGCUACAAGGUAAACCAUACGAGGCCCCGUCUGGCGUCAUUUACACCUAAUUUGAGCUUUACCACGAAACCUUUCGAGUGCGUGGAGCAAAUGGUGGUUGAUGACAGCAGGAAACUCCUCUAUACACUCUCCUCUCUAUCGACUAUCAGAGUGUUUCUCAUGAAACCCGAUGGUUCUCUCGUCCUCGCUAUUACCAAACCAGCUGCAGACAUUUACGCAAACAUCGGGCAUAUAAUCACUUCAAAUGAGACACUCAACCCGAAGAUCAAAAUCAUUUCCAUCAGUCCUAUUUCUGCCGCGGAAGCCUCAAGGUAUCAUCUUGUGGCGACAACGGCCACGGGAUAUCGCAUUUAUCUAAGUGCGACUGGAUCAUUCAGCUGGUCAUCAAUGCCGAAUGGGACCAGCGCGCCGACGAGCAUGCAAGCUCACCAUGUUAAAACUCCUCCACAUGGGAAUGCCGCUGCCAACCCUGUCAAUCAGGGGUUCCAGAGCAGAUUCCAGCCAUCCCUCACUUCUAAAGUACCCAUCCGUUCCUUGGAGCCAACACGAUUUGCAGCUCGUUUCCCUCCGGGGUAUUUCUUCUGUUUCGUUUCCAAGGACCCUACUCGAAAAGCUGAUGACCUUUUCAUUUCUUCACCCGAUUCGGGUCGCAUUGCACGGUCUCAGGAAACAGUAAUUCCUGGGAAAGCUAGCGAGUCUGCCAUCUGGCUUUCCUUGGAUAGCAAAGCUGAAGAUAUCGGUCUCUGCUCUGCUCCUGUAUUAGCUGCCAAUACCCCCAGUGGAUUCGGCAAUGAACUCGCUGUCCAAUUUGAUAACCCAACCACCGAGAUUGCCAUCCUGACUAACUCUGGCAUUCAUGUCAUUCGUCGACGACGCCUCGUGGACAUGUUUGCUACGUUGGUACGCCGCGGUGGUGGUGAUGAGGGGCUUGAGGGCGAAGUUAAAAACUUCAUCCGCACUUAUGGCCGCAGUGAGACUCUUGCAACUGCUUUAGCCGUUGCAUGUGGCCAGGGAGUGGAUAUUUCCUCGGACUCGCGUCUCUCCCAGAUCAAUGAUCCGCAUGUCCUUGAAUUUGCUCGCAAAGUCUUCAUUGAGUAUGGCGGAAAGCCCAUGUUAAAUGAAAACGCGGUUGCUGAUAAUGCGACUCUUGCCAUCGAUACCAUUGUUCCUUCCCCAAGGCAUGCUGGAAUCGCCCUGUACAUUUCGAGGCUGUUACGCUCAAUCUGGAAGAAAGAGAUUGCCCAGGUUGGAAAGGGGCCAAACGGAGCGCUUUCAGUUUCGCCGUCUAUCAAACCCGAAAAACUCCAGAGCGUCCAACGAGACCUUUCUGCACUACAGGAUUUCUUCAAGUCGAACCGAAACUUUAUUGAAGGAUUGAGCGGGCCUGAAGCUCUCGCUCGCGUAUGGACCAAACAAGAAGAGGUUGCAUUGCAAGCGGAGCAUCGCGCUCUUCACUCUCUUGUUCAGUUGGUUUCUCAUACGAUUGAGGGGAUUUCCUUCGUAUUAGUUCUCUUUGACGAGAGAGUUGAUGAGAUCGUGUCGACCCUCCCGGACGAAGCAAAACAGCGGUUCUUGAAACUCACAUUCGAAGAGCUCUUCAGUACCAAUAAGGGAUAUGAUAUUGCAAAGGAGUUGAUCAAAGGAAUCGUAAAUAGAAACAUUGCCAAAGGUUCAAAUGUUGAAACCGUCGCCGACGCGCUUAGGCGACGGUGUGGCAGUUUCUGCAGUGCCGAGGAUGUCGUUAUUUUCAAAGCUCAGGAGCUCCUAAAAAGAGCCUCUGAGGCCGGUGCUAACUCUGAACUCGGUCGUAACCUACUCAAUGAAAGCCUUCAGCUCUUCCAGCGGGUUUCUGACGGCCUAUCGAUGGACUACUUGGUCUCGGCCGUGCAAAGCUAUAUAGAAAAUCAGUUCUUCGCCGGGGCAAUUCAACUUGCUUUGACCGUCGCAGCACAUUCGGACAGGGCGAACCUGGGGCUUGCAUGGUUUAUGGGAGGGCGUCGUGCAGACGAUACUGGCAAAGAGUACUAUGAAUUUCGCAAGCAAUGCUACGACCUUGUUUCUAAGGUCAUCCUUGCGGUCGACAGCCUUGCAGCUAACGACCCAGGAGUUAUUGAUGGUCAUCUUACUACCAUUGCAAAACGCAAGAAUGAAGCAUAUGCGGUCAUUUCGGAUUCUACCGACGAGCUUUUCUUGACAAGCCUUUACGACUGGUAUCUAGAACAGGGCUGGAGCGAUCGCUUGCUUCAGACAUCGUCACCGUUCGUGGUCACCUAUCUGCAGCGCAAGUCUGCCGACGACGUUUCGCAUGCGGACCUUCUGUGGCGGUACUAUGCUCAAUCUCAGCGGUUCUUUGAAGCUGCAGAUGUACAGUAUCAGCUGGCCCAGAGUGCCUUCGCGCUCCCCCUUGCUCGUAGAAUCGAGUAUCUCGGCCGUGCUAGAGCCAAUGCCUCCACCUUCACUGAAGGCAUUAGCCGGCAAAAUCGGCAACGACUUCUACAGGACAUCACCAAUCUAAUUGAUGUGGCGAACAUUCAGGACGAUAUUCUUGAACGUAUCAAGGAUGAUGCUCGCAUUCCCGAUAAUGAAAAACCUAAUGUCCUCAAACAGGUGGAUGGGCCUAUCCUGCCCAUGACUAUACUCUUUAAUACUUAUGCCGACUCCGGAAGCUAUUAUGAUGUUUGUCUGCAGGUUUUCCAUGUCGCAGAUUAUCGCAAUGCGGCAGAUAUCAGGGCCACCUGGCAGCAUCUGCUACAAGACCUGCAUGACAAGACCGUGAAAGCCGGGACACCGCAACCCUAUGAAGCCGUAAUUGACAAGGUCCGCAGUCUAGGAGGUCGUCUGCGCAUGUCGGAGACCGUCUUUUCAAUCCCGAUGCUCAUACCGAUGCUGGAACGGUACUCGUUGGAGUACCAGCGUGGCGUUGCGCCGCCGAAUUGGGUCGUGGAUCUUUUCCUGGACCUUGGAGUUACCCACGAAACGAUCUAUGCCGUUCUUGAGUCUAUGUACUAUACGGACGAGGUGCCGUUCCAGGGAUCCAAUCGGAAAUAUGUCGCCGCGGAUCUUCUCUAUCUGGUUAAUCGGUGGUUUUACGAGUCUUCCCGUCCUGGCGGGGUUGUUUUUGGCAGUGAUGCAGUGGCCGAACGUGUCUCUGAAAUGUUGCUUCUUUUGCAACAAGUCCGUACUUUGUUGGAUUCCAGCUAUCCCCGCAUCAUGCGUAUAACAGUGAGCGUGAUUCAAUCCGACCAGGCCGACUCCGAUAUCAUCUCUCUCGAAGUUGGCGGGGAUAUGACUGUCGAGCUCCUGAAGGCCAUCGUGGAGAGUGAAACGCAGAUUCCACCACAGUCGCAGAGCCUAGUGUUCAACAAUCAACUUCUUGCCGAUAACUCGCGCACACUUGAGCAGAUCGGAAUCGGGGAAGGAGAUAUGCUAGGUGUCCACAUUGCCUUGCGUGGUGCACCGCCCCCGUCUCGAAGCAUUGGUGGUUCCAGCGCUACCACGGCAGCACAGCAGAAUAUGCAGCGCAGACAAGCAGCCAUGACUCCGGAUCCAGAGACGAUUCGAUUGCACAUUCUGGGCGACCCGCGCGUGCGGGAGGCUGUGCGGAGGCAGAAUCCAGAGCUCGCUGAUGCGGCCGAUGGUGCCCAGCGCUUUCGUGAGGUCCUCCUCGCACAACAACGGCGGGAAGCUCAGUUGGAGGCCGAGAAGGAGGCACGUAUUGCCAUGUUAAAUGCAGAUCCGUUCAAUCCUGAGAAUCAACGAGAGAUUGAGGAGAUCAUUCGUCAGAAUGCCGUGACGGAGAACUUGCACAAUGCUAUGGAACAUCAUCCGGAAUCUUUCGGCCACGUAACGAUGCUUUACAUACCUGUCGAAGUCAACGGCCACAAGCUCAAUGCUUUUGUCGACUCAGGUGCCCAAGUCACCAUCAUGUCACCACAAUGCGCUACGGCGUGUAACAUUAUGCGUCUAGUAGAUAGACGUUAUGGGGGUAUUGCCAAAGGUGUGGGCACAGCUGCCAUAAUUGGCCGGGUGCACUCUGCCCAGAUAAAGAUUGGGAAUCUGUUCCUACCGUGCUCCUUCACCGUUAUGGAAGGGAAACACAUCGACCUUCUACUGGGAUUAGAUAUGCUGAGGCGACACCAGGCAUGUAUUGAUCUGAAGAAGAAUGCCCUCAUCAUCCAAGAUCAGGCCGUUCCUUUCCUCGGAGAAGCGGAUAUCCCUAAACAUCUCAUGGAGGAGUGGGAAGAUGAACCCAUAGUGAAGGGAUCUGAUGGUGCUGAAGUCGGGGCGCGGACAGGCGCGGUGACCCACCAAGCAGGCAGCCAGGCUAGCGCACCAACAUCUUCAGUUGCGCCGGGGACGAGUAUUGGCGCUGCACGUUCACCACGUUGGCCGCAGUCGUCGAUUGGGAAGAUAACUGAACUGGGAUUUACAGAGGAGGAGGCGGUUCGCGCUUUGGAUGCUGCCGAGGGCGACCUAGAUGGUGCCAUUGGGUUUCUGAUUUGA